GAUCUCUUUUAUCUCAAUGCUGCUGGUCAACCUAUCAUCGUCGUGAACGACCAUAAGGUCGCUGCAGACCUUCUCGAUCGUCGUGCCACUAUCUACUCCGAUCGUCCCCAGAAUAUUGUCGCUUCGGAUAUCAUGACUGGUGGUCUUCUUGUCGUUUUCACUCGUUACAACGACACUUGGCGACGGAUGCGCAAGGCUGCCCACGAAGGUCUCAACAAGGGCGUCGUGCACAAGUAUCACCACACUCAACAUGUAGAAGCCCUGCUUCUCGCCCGCGCCACUCUUGCCCUUCCUAACGACUGGGAUGCUCACCUUCGUCGA